GGCUAAGUGCACUUACUGUAAUAAACCCGGACAUGAGGCGGAAUACAGUUUCCGUAGGACCGGUCAGUACCCUGAAUGGUGGUUUGACAACCCGGGGAGAGGACGCGGCGGACGAGGAAGAGGCGGAGCUGGACGUGGAGGAGGAACUGGACGUGGGCGUGGGCGUGCGACUAUCCAUGCAAUGCAACUGGGCGACAACCAGGAGAAUGCUACAGUUGUGAGUGAUGGGCAGCACACCUCCAUGCAAAGGCCAAACUUUACGGAUGAACAAUGGAAUCAUCUCAUGAAGCUGCUGGAAAACAGUAAGGUUGCUACACGUGAGGAGAAGCUGGCAGGACCUACUUACGAGGAUGCCGAUUGGAGUGGGUGAAAGACGAGGGGGA